GAGGGGCGGCCGGGCCCCGGCAGCGAGAGGACAAAAUGGCGGCGGCGGCUGAUGGCUGCUGCUGCUUCUACCUCCUCCCCCCCGCCGCCGCCGCCGCCUCUAGCGCCAGCCCCUCCGUCGCAGCCGCCGGACGCCACCCGCUCCGGGAAAGAGAUGGCCGCCCCACAGCGCGCCCCCCAGACUCACCUGGCCGGGUGCGCGGGGGUCCGGGGCCGGGGUCUGGGGCUCCCCGGGGCGGGAUGGCGGCGGGGCGGGGGCGGAUGGCGGCGGAUGGCGCCGGCUUCGGCUCCUCCCGUCUCCCUCGCUCGCUCGGCGGCUCGGCUCCGACUAACGGCCCAUCCGGGCAACCGCCGCCCCCGGGAGCGCCCCCCCCACCUCCCGCCUCCCUCCGCGCCGGGACACGCCCCCUCAUUUGCAUAAUGGGCGGAGUUCCCGCCACCCGGCCCCACUCUUUAAUCUCAGUGCAGGUUCGUUUAAAAAAAAAAAAAAGAAGAGAAGGAAAACCCUGAAGAGGAAAAAAAAAGAAAGAGGGGAACAAAAAAUGGGGACAAGCAAGUGGUGGGUGUGGGUGAUGGUGAGGAUAUAAUUUGCAUAAAGGGGUGGGGUAAGCUGUAGCCAGGACUGUGGUUGGCUAGGGUGGCAGACCCCCCCCCCAUCCUCAGUCAGCCGUUACGGCCCAAGACGUGAGGCGUGAGGUGUGCGGGAGGGGCGGGGUCACGGCGCCGGCCUGUUCGGCGGUUGGGAGAAGUCUGGCGUAAGCUGCGGAAGGAGGUAUCUGUGUCUUUUCAUCUAAUUGCCCAGGGCCAAUGACUAGACCUUUCCAGGCAAGAAGGAAACUGUUAAACUUAAGAAGAGAAGGAAGAAGCCUGGAGAGGAGCCAACAAGCAAUUCCAUGCUGUCACUUGAUUUCCAUUUCCAUAUGUGAAGAUUAAAUUUAACUCUCCCUGAUUGUAACAAUGAAGGUACUUAACUCUUCCCUGAUUGUGAAGAUUUAAAUUGUAAAUCAUGUCUAUUUUUAGAUUUUAAUCCCCAUAAGUAUAAACACCCUACUUAAAAGUUAAAUAUGGAGACCUGCCUAUUUUUAGAUUCAAUCACAAAAAGUGCAAACAAGGUACUUAAAAGUUAAGUAUGAAGAUCUGCCCAUUUAGAUCUAAUCUUCAAAAGUAUAAAUAUCCCACUUAAUCAUGAAGUGGGAGGUCUGUGACACCUGUGUGUGAUACUGGGUAACAAAUCAGAGUCAACUACCUGCCUUCUGGGCAGUUCUAGAGCAUGUCAGCUGUGAUUGGUAAAUGUGGAAUUAGGGGAAGUGACGCAAGAGAAAAUGUCUUUAAAAGUGGAGUUUGACUUGGAACUGGGAUUCUUGGAGUGGAGUUCAAGUUGGACUUCCACUUCUGCUGAAGUUCAAUUCUUUAUGUUUUCAAGUUGAGGCUGGUGAAGAGGGGCAGAAGGAUCUGCUGUUAGACUGACACAUGGUGAGUGAAAAGCUGACUCUAAACUGCUAGAUUUUUCUGAAGAGACUUCCCCAGGUCCUGGGCUACCAAGGCCAAGGUCUAUCUGUUUGAGCAGUAAACUCCCCUGCCUGGUUUUUGAGCCAGGGGCUGGAGAUAAAUUACUUAGUGCUGAGGCUAGAUAUCUUACCUUAUCCUCUCUCUGAUUUCUUGCUUCACUCUUUCUACGUUUUGUAAAUAAAUUGUAAAUAAAAUCUCUUUGGAAUUAAUUAAAUUCCUGGUGACCAAACUCUUAAAUAAUCAAGUCCAACCCUUUUUAAAAAACAGCCCCUUACCCCCCUUACACAUAUUAUUCAUUUUUGCUAUAGAGCAAUUUUUUUGGAAGCCUAAACCCUAAAUCACAUACCCCUAUAUACAUGUGAUAAGUGAUUUCAUAUGUUCUUCCUUUGCAUUUCAACUUCCAUAGUUCUUUCUCUCAAUGUGCUUAACAUUCUUUCCCAUAAAUCCUUUAAGAGUGUCCUGACUUGUGAAAGGGGUAAAUUUAGGGGUUUUGACUAAUAUAUUAUCCUUAUGGUCACCAGGGAUUAAUUCAAAUCCCAAUAAAAAUACUCAUCAGUUUGGGAAUUUUAUGUUAGUUUAAUUAAUAUAGAGGGAAGGAAUUAAGAAGAAGAGAGAGGAAAAAGAGAAUAAGAUUUCUCUGGCCUAGCCUGAGCCAAGGGGAGUUCAGAGACCUUCCAGUCACGAGGCCUCCUCCAAGAUGAGGGAUGGAUGGCAUUUUUAGGAAAGGUAAAGGAAAAAAGGAAUCAGCCUAAAUUCUGAGAGAGCUCAGGGAAGAUGCCUCACCUGACCCACGAUAUUAAGCUUCUCCCAGUUACUGUAUCAAGGACACUCACGGCCAAACCCAAACAAUAGCUGUAGCCAUGCCAAGAUGCCAAGACGCCCAGCAUGCUGCCACUAGCCACCUCUCCACCAAAAAGAGCCCGAGAGAGGAAGUGACAUGAAAUAUAUAGACUGUUUUUUACAUCACUUCCUGCAUCUCACAUGUACCAAUGGUAGCUUAAACUUGACUUAGGACAACCCAGGGGGUGUAUCAGUUGUUUCUGAUUUGUCAUUUGCUAGCACAUAUCUGUCAUAGGCCAUCCUUCUCGACAUUUAAUCCUUAAGUUGGGGUGUAGACAUUCCUGUUUUGUUAGACUAAGCAGGGUGGAGUAAAUCUAAAAUUCACACUUGUUGCAUUGUUACUAGUAGCAAAGUCCAUUAAAUUAUAUUGUUCCAAAGUGUUUUACUUUCUGUGUACAAUGUUCUUCUGGUUCUGCUCAUUUCAUUCUGCAUCAGUUCACUGAGAGCCUCCCAGUUCAUACAGAAAGGCUCUAAAUCAUCAAUCCUUACAACACAAUAGUAUUCCAUCACCAUCAUAUUUCACAAUUUGUUCAGUCAUUUCUCAAUAGAGGAUAUCCCCUCAGCUUCCAAUUUUUUUCUACCACAAAGA